AUGGACGAAUCACGAGUCAAUCGAAACUCCUGGGUUGAGGCGGUCUCGCCCAGCUACCCAUCGCCGGAUGUACCUCGUCCCUUUGCUGAGAACCAGCGUGAUUCUACUGGAUCAUCUGUAUAUUCAGUUCCCGACUUUCCUGUUCCUCAGGCUCCUGCUAUGCCACAGAUCCCUCAUCAAGUCGCUCGACCAUUUUACCAGCCUAAUCGUCGGCCACCACUGGGUCCACCUCCUUCGGCGCGCAGAGGACCCUCAUCGUAUUAUCCACAAACGAGUCAUGUUGCGCCCAUUGUAGAGGAAACAGACAGUCAACGGGGAACGCACGAUUCCAAGAGUUCGUUCGCUUCCAGCAAUGCAAUUCCUAUCGGUAUAUCGAGACAUCUUGCCGAUCAACACGAUAUGAAUGAGCACGACGGCUCUCCCUUCCAGGACCAGUACGAGGAUUCGGAUUCCAGCGAGCCUGAACAGAUGCGCCCCGUUCCCGUUCGUCAGGCCAGUAUCGGUCGCAAGUCAAUCCCGGUCUUGACUACGAUAAAGAAUGGGGACCUACGGCCAGAUAGCCAGACUCGGCCCAUGGCUCACGUGAACCCACAAGAAGGUCGCAGUAACACACAACCUGGCCGGCAACCACUCCGAAGACCUGGCACUUCCGAAAAUGUCGAAUCUGAGAUCAUGGACAUGAGUUUCCCGAUGGUUGACAUGUCUCCAGAGGAACGUUCAGAAAGGUCAUUCCCUCCGUUGUCUACCCGGACAAACAGCAGUGAUAUUCUCGGCAAGGAUGCCAUCGUAUCUGGAUCCGAGAAGCCUAUGCGCCAUCAGUUGUCACCUGAGUUACUAUCAACUCAGAAGGAGAAUUCUUCUUUUUCGGCUUUUGAAACCUCUGAAAAGGGCGCUGCUCCGAAUCUAGAGAAACAAAUGACACUCGGCGAGAGAGUUGGUUCUAGACGCCCACCAAGGCUCGACGUAGAUGCUGUCCGCGAGGCCGAAGCACGGGGUAGUCUUACCAGUCUUCCAGACCUCAUUCGCAGAGCUACUAAAGUCGCAUCCAACCUCGAUCGUGGCAGGACUGCGAGCAGACUUGGGCUUAAUUUCUUUGAUGAUGAUGCGCAAAGGGCGCACGGUCCAGAUAAUAGGCGGUCGGGCUCACUGUCAGACAUUCUUGCUUCAUUCCCUCCUCCGGGGCUUGCAACUCCCACUGGAUCUAGAGGAUCUAGAGGAGGUUCUAGAAAUUCGCGAGCUAUGCCGUGGUCAUCCAAUCUGCAGCAUAGCUCCCUUCCUUCUGAGAGUGAUCUUGGUGAGGAACCCGGACGACGAAGGAGGUGCUGUGGCAUGCCUUUAUGGCUGUUCUUCACGUUACUUCUGCUUGUGGUCGUCCUUGUUGCCGCUGCUGUUAUAAUCCCUGUUGUUCUCGUUGUCAUUCCUCAACAGAACAAUGCUCACAACGGUGCGUCAGCCUCUGCACUUGCUACUUGCCAGAAGUCUUUAGAAUGCAAGAAUGGUGGCAUCAACAUCCUAGGUAGUGACGGCAGUUGCAGUUGUCUGUGCGUCAAUGGGUUUGCGGGCUCUGAAUGCACGCAGGCUUCGAGUGCGUCCUGCACAACCACCAACGUUGGCAGUGUCAACAACGUGACUCUUGGAGAAUCUAUCCCUCGUCUCUUUACUGAAUCCGAAACGAACUUCAGUAUAUCUCUGAAUGCUUCAAACAUCUUGGGGCUUUUCGCUUCAUCCAAGCUAACGUGCACAUCGGAGAAUGCAUUGGUUACCUUCAAUGGUCUCUCUGCUCGCUCGCUUAGAGAAGAAAAGGUCAAGGUUGAUCCUUCACCGACAAGAAUCUUGGAAGAACGUGCGGACUCGACGACUGUCGCUGGAGCUGCUGUCACAAGUAACGGUAUUGUCUUUGCAAGCGGGUCAGCAAGCGACGCGCCUCCCUCAUCAGCCUCUUCCGGACUAAGUGGUAUCGCAUCGCCCUCGUCGUCGUCAACAUCUCUUUUGUCUGACUCAUCGACACUCGAUUUUGCUCGAAUCGCAGUGCUAUUCGUGUUCCAGGAGUCCGGUCAACUCAGCAAUGCGAUCGCCGCUCAGGAGAACCUCCAGAGCUACUUUACCUCAGGCACCACUAGCACUGGGCAGCAGAUUAAUGCCUCGAGUAUUGACCUCGGCGCUAGUAUCAGUGCAAAUCUCGAGAAGCACUCCCUCACAUUAUCCAACGGCACCAACAUUGGUGGCUAGAGUUUCCACGACUUCUUAAUUCUAUUCUAUCCUCUUCCAUACCUUCGACACCUUCGAAACCUUCGAUUUAUCUACGAGUAAUACCUUUUUCUGCUGUUUUUAGCCUGU